CGCAGACUGAGACCACCCAGAACAGGAAACCCCGCAACGCCGACACUUAGCAGACAGAAUGGUUCCCUUAUCUUUAUUUUACUGUCUUUUUUAUGCCGUCUUGACAGAAGGAACCACAAUCAGAGUAGAGGGAGUGGAAGGCGGGAGCGUCUCAUUCCAGUGCUCACACAGACUUGCAUGGGGCUACAACAAGUACUUCUGCGUGGAUCCAUGUGAAAGCAGCAGCAGCGUGCUGGUGACUGUGGCGCCCGGGAAACAAGCGGCGUCCGGGCGAAUAGCUCUGAUGGACUCGGGGAACGGGGUCUUCACGGUGACCUUCAGUCAGCUCCGGCUGUCGGACUCACAUAAGUAUUUCUGCGGAGUGGAACGGACUGCAGCCAUCGAUACUUACGUUACUGUAUAUCUGACUGUCAGAGAAGCUGAAUUAAAAGCAACUGAAGUAGCGCUCUCCCCUCCAGACCCUCACACACACCAGCCAUCAACUCCCACACCUAAGGUUUCCUCUACGUGGGCCGUCAGCAGCUCAGCACAGUUUACAAGUGGACUGAAGCCCGCUGUGUCUUCAAACCUCUCAGCAGCCCCAAACUUCACACCCACAGGAGAGCAGACCAGCAGAAGCACAGAAAUCAUUCUGUAUGCCUCUAUCGGGGGAGCUGUGACCGUCGCCGCCUUGAUUCUGGUGAUAUGCAUCAGGAAGUGCACACAACUAUCAAAGCCUCGAGCACCGGUUUGCUGCACCAGCAGGCAUGAGAACGAUGCACAUGAAAGAGAGGUCGACUAUGAGUACGACGACAUCGAUGAUAUAAAACUUUAUGUUCGAAAUGUCUCUCAAAGUACUGCCGGUGCUCAGCGAACGCCGAGGGAUUCACCUGCAUCGUCCUCCGGAGCGGCUGGACGCCCCGCUUCGCAUCACAUCUAUGAAAAUCACUCUUUAUAUAAAACUCCCCCCAGAUCAGCGUGUUCCCCGGCCACUGCGGCGACGUCUCUGUCAGCUACCAAAACAAAGAGAGCAGGAAAACCCUCACAUCAACCCAGACGACUCAACGACGCACAGAGGCGUAAAACCAGCGCGUUGUACAAUGAAUCUGAUGAAGCCAGUCACAUUUCACUGUGGUUUGGUUUAGAGAUAUCUGUCUGAAAUUACUUUAUAUGUAAACCUGCGUGACAGUGAUUACUGCAUUUCUUAAGAGAACAGAAUGUAUCUAUUAUAUCUUGAUGCUGGAUCUUGCACACUAUCCUGUGUUGUUAUUGUGUCAUGCAUUUUUAUGUCACUUUUUUUUAAUUAAAUAUGCACAUUUAAUACAGCUGUGUCCUCUCACACAAGGUGUAAUGUUAUCAUGUCAAAGGCAAGUUU